UCCUCUUUUCUCUGGUUCUCAUAGUAACUGUCACCUGCAGAAACACACCGGGACUCACCGAGCUACACCAACGGACCGACGCGUCUGCCUAGCUGCUGUUCACCAACCAGCCGCCUCCUCUCUGCUGCUGAUCAGACCUAAUCAAUCAAUACCGGGAUCAUUCCACUUUGAUGUCCGCCGCGGUGGAUCGUAACCGGCGCGUGGCCUGCGGCGGGAUCAGAGGCACCGGAGCAGCUAAUGAUGACAUCAUCACCGUGUGAAAGUGCCGAUCCUCCCCGUGUGAGCUGAUCACUCAUUUAUCAGUUGUCCAAGUGUUCCCAGUGCUCCCAGUCCUGUCCAGGAUGCUGCCAGCCUCCAUUCAGAUCACAGGGGAGCUGCUGUCAGCUGCUGAGGUUCAGGAUAUCUGUGAGAGUCUGAAGGAGGACAGCGUUCGCCUGCUGUCUGUCCGCGGCUGCCAGCUAUCUGACCGUGAUUUUGGUCGCGUCUGCAGGAGCGUCGCAGAGUCUCACUCACUCGCUCAGCUCAACCUCAACCUGGGCGUCGUCUCCAGCAUCAGUCGGACACGACACCUGGCCGAUGCCCUAAAGACAAACCGGUCUCUGCAGACUUUGUUCCUCCAUGGCAGCCCACUGUUGGACGCCGGACUGGUUACCUUGAACUUGGCCCUGUCAACCCAUCCAACACUGGUCUGUCUGGAUCUGGGAGACUGCAUGCUUGGAGAUGAGGCGCUGGCACUGAUCUGUGGGAUGCUGCCUCCAGACGGAGCAAAGUCAGGUCUGAAGGAGCUCACUCUGAGUGCUAACCCAGGAAUCAGCCUCAAAGGCUGGGCUCGUCUGGCCAUUGCUGUGGCUCACAGCUCUCAGCUCCGGGUGCUCAACCUGGACUACAACCCUCUGGGUGAUCAGAUUGCUGGGAUGUUGGCAGUUGCCGUAGCAUCAAGCAGAACCCUGGAGGUGUUGGACCUGGAAGGAACCGGACUGACCAACCAGUCCGCACAGGUGUUCUUGGACAUGGUGGAGAACUACCCCACCAGCCUGAGGGUCCUGGUCCUGGCAGAGAAUGACAUCAGUCCAGAGCUGCAGCAGCAAAUCUGUGACCUGCUCUCUGAAGGAGAGGAUGAUGACGACAGAGAUGCCGGGCCCCUCCAGUCCGGUCCUACAGGCAGCGCUCUUCUGCCAAUCAGAGACAAGUACCAGCCAAUCAGAGACAAGUACCAGCCCCCGGCCUGGCUUCAACACAGCAACUCCAGCCCCCAGAUGGUCUUGCUGACAUCAGGUCUAGGUGAGAGCUUAUUGGCUGAAACUGAGAUGUGACCCCUCCCACAAACACACCCACUUCCUGUCAAACUAUUCUCACUUUAUUUCAUUUCCUGUUUGUCUGAUUUGAGAUUUCCUGUUUUGUUUCUCUGCACUGCACUUCUCUUGGUUGUUGGAUCACCUGAUAGCUAACAGCCAAUCACAUGCUCUGCAUGGUUUGAUGUAGCACCUGUACAUAGAACAGUCGGCACAAAACCUUAACACACCAAGUGACUUUUAGACAGGUGUUUGUUUAGCAGGUGUACAGUGUGUUUCCUGAUGAAUGUACGUUCUGACUAAAUGUUCUGCUGCUCUGAUGUCCCAAUAAUAAAACUGUUUACAGCUUUGUAAGAAA